UAAUAAAAAGCGGGCAAUCCGUGAUGUCACAUACCGCGGACAUACCGCUCGAAGCACCAACGCUUCUAAAACUUGCCUCGUCAUCUGUACAAUCUCAAAUUAAUAAUGACGAAUAUAUGGAAACAGUUAUCCUUCCGGUCCCACUUAGUCAAGAGCUGUUCGCCAGAUUUCGUAAUAAAUGGAAUAUUCAUAACCACGGUCCGGCUCCAGUUGAACAUCUCGGUCCACCAACCGAUGAGCCACGUCCAGACCAAGGAAAUAUUGAUAUGAUUAAACAAGUUUUUAGAAUAUGGUCCGACUCGACUAGAUUGCCAUUGGAAAAGUUGAACCUGACAGGUGCAACGGUUGACGAUCAAAUAUUCGUGGAUCUCCUUCACGCUCACGCACAUUCCAUCACUGAACUAGAUUUGACAAAUGUGACAGGAGUCACUGAUCUCUCGAAUGCCUACCUUUAUGCAAGAAGUACGCAUUUUCCAAUGCUAACAUCUAUUCGAAUGACUUCUAUGGAUCUAGUGACCGGACACCAACCUCGACGGAAAAAUGGUAUCGCUUCAACAGAAUUUCGAGCGCUGUUCAUGCUUGGAGAGGAAGCGUUAGCUGAAGCUCGAGGUCAAAUGGAGAGAGAUGGACUACGGUCACCAUUGUCACCCAGUUCUCAACCAUCAUCAAUACAAUCAGAUCAUCAAUCGCUUGAUGCCCUUGUACCCUGCGAUUCGCCUGUUGAGCCACCGUUAAUAACUGCCCGUGCUCCAAAUGUAAAAAGAUUGUUUCUCCCACGAUGUCCAGCAAAGCGGACUACGAUCGACGAAGAAGAACAGAACACUCAUGUGAUUCUAACAAAAAUCCUAUCGCCUCUACAGCAACUUGAAGUUCUAGAUUUGUCGUAUUGGAGUAAAACUGACGAUAUGCGGUGUCUUCAACCGCUUUCAAAUACGCUCACUUGUCUCAUUUUGUACGAUGUACCAGAUCUCUAUCACGCGGUUCCGAAUAUAUGCCAUAUGACUGAACUGAGAAUUCUUGACGUAUCCCAAUCAAACCGCGACUCCGGCCUCUACCCACAUCCCGUCACGACACUUAACAAGUUGAUUGUUAGUCUGAAGUAUUUGACGCAUCUGGAUAUUUCAUCUACGAACCUUGCCACCCAACCAUCUUCUCAUGAUAAUCCGGCACGUUACAGAGAAUCCGUUCGAACAGAUAUUUGUGGUCUCCAAUCAUUAGUCCGCCCAUUGAAAUAUCUGGGUCUAUUCAAUUGUGAAAGUGCCAGCCAUGUCAGAGAAAUACCAGCAGAAGUUGUGUCAGGAGAUGCGAACGAGGAUCAAGUGAUCACUUCCCUCCAAAUGUACAAAGAUCGGGCUGGUUUAUUGCAAAACGUGCUAAACGAGAGUUAUCAAUUGUAUCGAUUCGGAAAUAGUAAUCCGUUGACACGUCAUACCGAGGCUCUGCAUCUCGUUCUAGAGGCAAUGCAUCGUCACUUGGCAGAUAGCACACUUCAAAUCGCUGGAUCCGCAAGUCUGUUCUACAUUAUCAGAAAAGUCGAUAUGAAUCGAGACACGAAGCGACGAGUCGUGUCGGCAUUGUUGAGUGGAAUGGAAGUGCAUAUGGAAGAGCAAGUAAUGGUUCGCAAUUGCUGUUUGUCCCUGUGCCAAUUUGAGAUCCCACAGGACAUUUUGUUCGAUUAUAGCCGCCUUGCAGUUCUUCUGGUAUCUGUUCUACAACACCAUAAUGCAGAUAAUUUGACACAACGUAUAGUAGUGUUCCUUUUGAAUUCCAUGGCGUGCCAUGUGGAAGGUGAUCAGAAAGUUCAAGUUGGAAGUUAUGGUGCAAUAGAGAUGAUUCUGGACCAAAUCGCACGAAAACACACUGCUAACGUUUGUGAUGACGUAAUGGAAGUUGGAUGGAGUUUCCUUUGGAACAUAACUGAUGAGACACCAGUAAAUUGUGAACUCUUCCUGAAUGCAAAUGGAUUGGAUCUCUUUCAAAAGUGUUACGAGGCUUUCAAAACUGAACGAGAGCUGGUUCGAAACAUGAUGGGCCUCAUCGGAAACAUUGCCGAAGUUGAUGAGUUAAGAUCGCAACUCAUGAAAGACGACUAUGUGAAAAUCUUCUGCGCAUUACUGGAAUCACAGGAGGAAUCCAUAGAGAUCAGCUACAACUCAGCUGGCGUUCUGGCACACAUGGUCAGCGAUGGUGAAGAAGUUUGGAAGCAAAUGACAGUUUGUCGUAAUGAAGUUAUGCAACGAAUUGUGGAAGCAACGUCUUCUUGGAAGCUGGCCACCCGCCGCUUUAUAAAUUAUCGUUCAUUCCGCCCGAUUUUACGGCUCUUACCACUUUAUCAUGCUUAUGCGAGUCAACACUGGGCAGUUUGGGCACUGGCUAACUUGACAACAACCGACGGAGAAAAAUAUUGCGCGUAUGUACGUGAUGAAGGAGGUGUUCCUCUGCUCGAGGAACUUGUUUCCAACGCAAUCACUACCACCGACAUUCGAACGCUGGCCAAUACGGUGCUCGAGAAUAUCAGAAACGUCGAAAAUAAAGCUCGGAAAGCGGCGAUCCGACCUCAAAAGAGGUCUCGUGAUCCUGCCGAUGAUGGUGACGAUGAGUAUUGAUAGCUGUCUUGACGUCUGCUCUUCCUCCCCCCAUACGCAAUCCGAAAUCAAUUCCUGCCGAUCUAGCACAUUCCUCGAAUUCUCCAACAUUUGUUCCAAGUUAUGUGUCAGAUGUCGAGGAAGAAGAUGAAGGAGACGUUGAGGCAGAUGAAGAGGUUCAAGACUUUGUCAAUGUCGAUUUUGAUGAUUAUGCUCUUCCAAUGGAGUACUAGGGCUUUGUCCUGAAUCCUAUAAAAGUUUUCUUUCAUUUCUGUUAUUUUCUAUCGGGUAAGCACCGCUCCUCUUCUUUCUUCUCAUACAAUUUAAACCACUUUUCACCCAAAUCUGUGUUAGUUGCUGUUCAGGAAUCACUGAAAUCAAAGUUAUUCUUCUCUAAAGCUCCCCACGCCGCCUUCAAUCUCUGUACAUUAUUAUUUUUAUCUAGAAUAUCCUCAUUGGGUUCUGGUCGUUCUUCUGUCUGUCCAUCAUCCCGGUUUCUCCCCAUCCCGUCUUAUUCAGUUUCUGUUCCCAAGCUCCUCUCUGUCUUGGCUAUUGUCAUUCUCGUGCAAUUCUAUUUGUAUUUUACUGUACAUCUUCCCGCUAAAAACUGAGCUCUUUUCCAUUUCAUAGCUUCACUCUGAGUCUAUGGUAGUAAACGAUUUGAUGUUUUU